AUGCGCCCAGCGCCCGCCGACAUGACGCGGCGCCCGCCGAGCCACAUUGCCCAUGCACUGGAAGGAUACGAGGCCCUCGACGUCAUUGGAAGCGGCACAUUUGGCUUGAUCCGCAAGGUGCGCCGCAAGUCCGACGGCCGCCUGUUUGCCCGCAAGGAACUCAACUUUGAGCGCAUGAAUGAGCGCGACCGAAAACAUAUUGUAUCCGAAGUCAACAUCCUGCGCACACUGCAGCACGACCAUGUGGUGCGCUACGAGGAGCGCUACGUCGACUCCGAAAACGGCGUCUUGUAUAUCGUGAUGGAGCUGUGCGAGGGCGGCGACCUCGGUUCGGUGAUCAAACGGUGCCGCAAGUCCAAGACGCAUCUCCCCGAAGAGACAGUGUGGGGCUUUUUCGCCCAGAUGGUCACUGCUCUUGAGGCGUGCCACUACCGAUCGGCGCCCGGCGCCCCCGGUGCGCGUCCUGCUCAGGCCAUUCUACACCGCGAUCUCAAGCCAGAGAACGUGUUUCUCGACGCUGACCAAAAUGUCAAGCUUGGGGACUUUGGCCUUAGCAAGCAGAUUGCCUCCCAGGCGUUCGCCAACACCUACGUCGGCACACCCUACUACAUGAGCCCCGAGCUUGCCACGGGCCAGCCCUACGAUACCAAGUCCGACGUAUGGGCCCUCGGAUGCAUUGUAUACGAGCUGUGUGCGCUCUCUCCUCCAUUCGAUGCGUCGAACCAGGCAGAGCUUACCCACAAGAUCAAGCAGGGCCUCGUCCCUGCCCUCCCCAGGCAGUACUCACGCGACCUGCAGGAGGCCGUGCACAUCAUGUUGCAGCUCGACCACCGGCGGCGGCCCACGGUCCGCCAGCUCCUCCAGAUCAAACAGAUCAAACUCGCAUCGCGCACGCACGCACUGGCGCAACUGCACAAGUCUGUUCUUCAGGAGAAGCAACGCGUACAGCAGCAGGCUCUCGCGCUCGACGCCCGCGAGGCUGCUUUGGCUGAGCGUGAGCGUGCCUGCGAUUCAGCACAGGCCACUACCUCGGCUGCGCACUCCGACGCACGCGCACUCGCACUCGAGGAGCGCGAGAUCGCCCUGCAUGAGCGCGAGCGCGAGUUGUGCCGGCGGGAGGAGGCUUGUGCCUCGUACCGCCACGAUCUAUUGCAGUGGAAACAAGAGCGCAUGCAGUUACAGGACGAACUUGCUUCUCAGCGUCGCGCGCUCCAGGAAAAGGAUGCGCUUCUCGCUCGCUUGCAGGCCGAUGCGUCCUCGCUCGCUCGCAGCACCAGCCGCACGCGUCCACGCAAGUCGUCCCCUCCUAAGACUGCGUCGGAGUCGCUAGAAGCACCUGAGAUCACCGAGGCACCCUUAGCGACGCGCGCUGGCACCUCUGACGAUGAGUGGGUGGAUGAUGACGUCCCGCCCCCUUUCCCCCCCUCCAAGAGUGUCCACGCCGCGGCCUCAGUUCUUGCGCGUUUGCGACGCCCCGAAGCGGAUAUAUCCGACUGUUCUAUGCGCGAUGCUUCGUGUAUGUGGCGCUCACCCCGACGAUUCCACGCUCAAGCCAUAAGCUCGCCGCUACGGACAAAACGUGCGUCGCUUCCGUCGGAGGAUGCAGCACCGAGCGCGGCGGCGUUGCCAGCGUUGCACUCAGAGCCUAUGAACCUCAACAAACUCCCUCAUGAGCCGCAGUGGCAUCUCUGCAGCGAAGAAGAACGCCCUUCACCAUUCCUGAAGCGCGUCACUCGCAUCCCGCUUGAGUCUCUCCAGGACGACGGUCUUGGCGAUGCGGGCCUCGCGGACACUGGCCCUCUGGUCCCUGGACCUUCCAAGCCCAAAGAAGGCGUUUCAAUGGGAAAAGAGAGUGCUCUUGGGCAAGAGAACGUCGCGACACGCGCCCUCCAUGCCCGCCGCCGCUCGUCGCUGCUGCGCCCUCCCGAGACUCGGAGUGCGUUGCACCGGCCCCUUGCUCCCACACGUGUGCGCGCGCCAGGCAUCCCUCCUAGUCCAUCGACGCGCUCUGUGCGCCCCAUGCCUGCUCUUCAGCGCGUGCGGUAA